AUGGCUGAUCAAGGCGCCCCUGCAUCCCCACCUCCCAACCGUCGUCGUGCCUCGAUUGUCGACAUGUUCAACCCCCGAUCCCAUUCAACCACCGCAGCCAUGUCCUCCUCCCCCCCUUCUGCUGCCGUCCCUGCCAAUCCUGCGCCCCAUCAUCGAAGAGGUGCUUCCAUCACUUCUUUGGGACUGACUACCAACCCUUCCAAUCAAUCUUCUCCUUACAGUGCAUUUGCACGUCAACGACGAGCCAGCAUUGCUACCUCGUCCGCCUCGGGCUCUCCCGAGUUCAGGAACAGUUUUGGGGAUGAACCGGCAGUCAUCGAGGAGGACGACCAGACUCAGGCAACCAUACAGCCUCCAGCUUCCCCUUCGUUUGCGCGUCGGGUGAGCUUUGGGGCCCAGGCCUUGCGAGAUGUCAAAGGAGGAGGAGGGAGUCCUUCAGCUUCUGGCGGUGGUAGGCGCCCCUCAUCUUCCCUGUUUACCUUGGAUGAGAAUUCUGAAAAUGCCACUCCAUCACGUAAAGUUGCGUCGGGGACGGCCAAGACUGCAGGAGAAGGUUUCAAUUGGUCAGAGGCCAUCCGUGACAGAACCAGACGUUCUCCGUCCUUCUCAUCCGGCAACCCGUUUUCUUCUCAUUCUACACGCCCUCGGUCGGCCAGCAUUUCCAACCCGGCGCCCCCAAAGGAGAUCACCAAGCCCGCCGAAUCUAUGUCCAAGAUGAAGAAACCUGACCAUCUCGGCGAAAGAAUGCUGAGAGGGGAUUUCAUGAUGGAUUGA